CUGACAUCACUGGUGGCGCAGGCUGACAUGAAAAACAAGACAUGAUUCACGAUUAUGCCAUUUCGCAGGUCUGUACAAACCAGAUCGAGUACGUGCGUCUAUUUAUUCAUCAUGCAACUGUGCAAUGAAAUGUGAAUAUUUUUUCAUCCAUAUAAGUAGGCUACUUCGAUCAUUUCUGAAAACGCCCCUACUACAAUUUUUCCAGAUGUAAUGACCAGAUUGCAUUAGGUAUGUUUACUGUUGUAUUUUUUACUUUAAAAUUUUUAAUUUGAGCGACAGACAAUUAAGACACGAGAAUUCAAACUGAAAACAACUUUGUUCAAUGAAGACCUGCGUACGUUUGAGAUUUCGAGCAGCCACCAGAGGCGGGACGAACACAGUGAAAAAGUGGGCGGAUUUUUUUCACUCCUCCUGACAGGCUCACAGCACUGUCAGUCAGUACGAUGGACCAAUAAGUCGAAUGAGCGGAUCGGAUAGGCGGAUUGGCAGGUACGCCCCCCUCUAGGUUGUACCGCCUAGAGUGAGUUCCCCCUUUUUCUUUUUUUGUAACUAACGCUGGAUGUGUAGAACGUCACAUGUUGUUUUUCCCUCUUCUGUCCAGUCACUCAGUGAUGUGUGUUAUUUACUGUUGAACUGUUGAAGACACCGAACGGCCAGCGCGCCGCUCAGGAUGGAAUAGUAGGUGCUGAUACAGACGAGUUCUUUGCACUUUUGAACAGAACGCACAAGUUAAAGAAAAGUCAGAGUACAAGACGCCAGGAUGGCGAGUCCACCAACGACGGUAGGACCUUUAUUUUCUAACGCGAACAUUAAUAAUAAUAAGAACGUUAAAAAAUGCGGGUACCUGAAGAAACAGAAGCACGGACACAAGCGGUUUUUCGUGCUGAAGGAGCAGAGCGAGGGUUUCCCCGCCAGACUGGAGUACUACGAGAACGAAAAGAAAUGGAAAAACAAGUCGGCUGCUAAAAGGGUUAUACCUCUGGACUCCUGUCUGAACAUCAACAAACGAGCAGACGCGAAACACAAACACCUGAUCGCCCUUUACACCAAGGACGAGUACUUCGCCGUGGCGGCUGACAACGAGCAGGAACAGGAAGCCUGGUACGGAGUCCUGACUGAUUUAAUGAAUGAGGGGAGACCGUAUGACGGGUCCGCGUCUAAUUCGGCGUCCUCUUUGGUGGGAUUUGAGGAGGCGAACUACGGAAUGAUCACGCCGGUGAACGCCGUUUAUAAAGAGGUAUGGCAAGUAAAUCUGAAAGCUAGAGGACUGGGGCAGAUAAAGAAUGUAACCGGCGUGUACAGGCUGUGCCUGUCCAGCCGUACCAUUAGCUUUGUGAAGCUGAACUCCGAGGUUGCGGCUGUCAUUUUGCAGCUUAUGAAUAUCCGGCGAUGCGGGCACUCUGAGAAUUUUUUCUUCAUCGAGGUGGGCAGGUCCGCUUCCACCGGACCCGGGGAGUUGUGGAUGCAGGCAGAUGACUCAGUGGUAGCGCAAAACAUACACGAGACAAUUUUGGAGGCCAUGAAAGCAAUGAAGGAGCUGUCAGAGUUCAGACCGCGAAGCAAGAGCCAGUCCUCUGGCACAAACCCAAUCUCCGUGCCCACGAGGCGGCACUUAAACAACUUGCCACCCAGCCAGACGGGGCUUCUGCGGAGGUCGAGAACAGACAGCAUGGCAGCGACGUCUCCGGUCAGCAAGUUCACUUCCUGCCGGAUACGAACGGCGAGCGAGGGCGACAGCACCAUGGCCCGCCCGGUGUCUGUGAACGGGGGCUCCGUCAGUCCCAGCGCCAGCCGGAUCCACCUGAACCGGUCCAACACGAUCAACGCCAGACCCUGCCGAGUGUUUGAAUCUUUACCGCUCCAGCACAGCAAAUCCAUGUCCAUCUCCCCCGUCAACCUGUCGUACAGCAGCGGCAAUGGCCCCGCCCCCGAGACCAUCCAACGGCCGUCCAGCGACAGCACCUCAGUCUCCGGGUCGCCUAGCGACGGCGGCUUCCUGUCUUGCGAGGACUGCGCGUCCAGUUCGGGCGACGCCAGGCACCACCUGGCCAACGGGAGCAACACGCCCGAGUCGGUCGCCGACACGCCCCCCUCCCACGACGGCGGCGGCGGCGGCAGCCAUGGCGACCUGUACGGCUACAUGCUGAUGGAGAGGCUGAGCGGCGGCCGCGGCCACCGGCUGUCGUGCCUGGACGAGGCCCCGGACUCCGUCAGCGCGUACAGGAAGCGCACCUACUCGCUCAACACUCCGCCCCAGCAGAGGGCGGCGACGCAGGUGUCCUCCGCCUCCCUGGACGAGUACACGCUGAUGAGGGCCACGUACGCCAGCGACCGCUCCGGGCGCAGCUCGCACACCGCCUCCCCGAAAAUCGUCUACCCGGAGGACUACGGGGACGUCGAAAUCGGGUCCCUCAGGAGCUCGUCCAGUAACCUGGGGGACGACGGGUACAUGCCCAUGACCCCCGGCGCGCCUCCGCCGGGGGGCAGGGGCGAAGACUACGUGCCCAUGAGCCCCAUGUGCGUCUCCGCCCCCAAGCAGAUAGUCAAGCCCCGGCUGUCGAUGGCGGACCCCCCCAGCAGCGGCUCGCUGGAGGACAGCGGGUACGUGAGGAUGUGGUGCGGCUCCGGCGCGGAGGGGAACCUGGCCAACGGCGAGUACAUGAGCAUGUCGCCGGGCGAGCCCUGCGUCUCGCUCACGCCCCCCGAGCCCCCGCGGCCGCCCCCCGCCCCCCCCCAGGCUUUCGGCUCGCUGCCGCGCCCGUGCAAGCCCCCGAGCGAGGACGACGACGGCGGCGGCCAGUACGUGAUGAUGACCCCGCAGAGCGCGAAGAGCGGCGAGGAGCCGCGCUGCUGCCGGGCGCCGUCUCCGGGUUCGACCGCGGCGGCUCUGCCCGGCCGGCAGGGCAGGAAGGAGCCCCUGCUGUCCAGGGUGAGAGCCAGCCGGCCCACCAGGCUGUCUCUGGAGGCGGUGAGGACUUUGCCCAGCAUGCACGAGCACCCCCUGCCCGCCGAGCCGAAGAGCCCCGGGGAGUACAUCAACAUCGAUUUCGGGGAGCCCUCCCACGCCUCCCCGCCGUCCUCCUCGCUGGGCCAGCUGUCCGACUACAUGAACGUGGCGCUGAACGUCAGCGUCCCCCCCGGAUCGGGGAGCGCUGCGGCGGGGGCUCCGGAGGCGGGGGGGUCCGAACGGCAGGCGGCGGCGGAGGGGCGCCCCGCGGCGCAGGUCGACUCCGCGCACCGUCCCGACGCGGCGAGGAGCGAUUACGCGGAGAUGGAUUUGAGAAUCGGUGCGCGGAGCGCGGAGGGCGGCCAGACGGGCUGCGCCGCCCCCGGCGGGGGGCAGAGGCUCCCCCUGCCCGAGCAGGGCCUCCGCGGACUGGAGGCGUUCCUGCUGCCGGCCUCCCCCGCGCACCCGGACCGGGGGGCCAAGGUGAUCCGGGCCGACCCCCAGGGGCGGAGGCGCCACAGCUCCGAGACCUUCUCCUCCACCACCACCGUCACGCCCGUCUGCCCCUCCUUCGCCUACGACCCCAGGAGGCACGGCUCGGCGUCGGUGGAGAACGUCUCGGUCCACAACGGCGAGGCGCCCGACCCGGAGCCCGGCAGCCCCAUGUGCCGCCAGACGUCGGCGGGCUUCCAGAACGGACUCAACUACAUCGCCUUAAACCUGAUGGACGGGGGAAGCCUGGGCACCUGCGAGACUCAGGCCAGAUUCAAGGCUGCCAGUCACUGCAAAAGCAGCAUCAACGGGAUCCACGCCACCGCGUACGUCAGCCUGGGGUUCAAAGAGGCAGUCACCACCGUUAAAGACUAAAUGGCAGACCCGCUUUGGCCCCGCCUCCCCAACGCUCAUCUGUGAGAGGAGAGGACGCGCGCGCAGCCGGUUUGGGUGUGGCUGCAGGCAUCCCGGGCCGUACUACCCAGACCAGACCAGACCAGACCAGACCAGACCCGCCCCGCCCCAGCGUCCCACCCCGCCCUCCGCCCCCGCACCGAACUCUGCGACCAAGAGUCAUGGCGCUUCUUUACUCUGUAUGUCACAAGCUAUAACACAGCUAGAACCAUAGGCUCCAUGUAGAUGAACACAGGUAGAACCGUAUGCUCCAUGUAGAUGAACACAGGUAGAACCAUAGGCUCCAUGUAGAUGAACACAGGUAGAACCGUAUGCUCCAUGUAGAUGAACACAGGUAGAACCGUAUGCUCCAUGUAGAUGAACACAGGUAGAACCAUAGGCUCCAUGUAGAUGAACACAGGUAGAACCGUAUGCUCCAUGUAGAUGAACACAGGUCAAACCAUAGGCUCCAUGUAGAUGAACACAGGUAGAACCAUAGGCUCCAUGUAGAUGAACACAGGUAGAACCGUAUGCUCCAUGUAGAUGAACACAGGUAGAACCACAGGCUCCAUGUAGAUGAACACAGGUCGAACCAUAUGCUCCAUGUAGAUGAACACAGGUAGAACCACAGGCUCCAUGUAGAUGAACACAGGUAGAACCGUAUGCAUCUUUGUUAUUUUGUUUGUUAUUCCCCACUUGCUGUGCUUGAGUUCUGGGCUGCAAGUGGCCAGUUAAACCUCAUUCAUAAACCUGUGAUACAGCCUGCUGCUUAUCGGUCAUACAGGUGAUAUUAGAGUACACGCACGCACACACUCUCUCUCUCACACACACACACACACCAGAGGGUUUCCGUGUGUAUAUGUAAGUGUUUGCAGUGUCCUCCUGCAGAGGUGGAAUUCCAGAAUAUCUGUCGAGUUGCCCUAAGCCCUACCUCAGAGGAAAAUGCCAGGUUGUUAACUUGCAAACUCAACAUGUAAACGAUUCCCUGAAUAUUCAAAGUUGAAUGUGUCAUAUUACCAAUCAAAAGCCUUACUAACUUUUUUCCAUGGAAUAUUUCUACUAAAGACGCCUGGUUUGGACCCACACAUGCAGAAUAUCAAAGAUGAGCCGUACGCCAUGAAUGUGUCUCAGCGAUAUGUGAAACCGUUGCUCACUUUCCUCACAGACAACUUUCUGAAGUUGAACUUGUACUAUAUUUAUAUUUCUUUCAAAUAUUUAUUUUGAUAUGAUUGUUAAUUAUUACGCGGAAGGUAACGAGGAAGAUGUUCAUUAUUAGAUUAAAAUUAAAUAUUUAUAUAUAAAAAAAAUAUAUAUAUAUCUAUAUACACGUUCGUAUGCAAAAGAUACUCCUAAGAAAAGGCUGGUCCAGGUCCCGAUGUGUUCCGGACUUGAGCAAACAGCACCUCUUUACUGGUGCAUCGAUAAAGCACCGGGAUUCAAAUCUUCGGCACGUUGAUACACUUUAACCUUUAACCUCAGUCACCCAUCAUCCUCUGCGGUGAUUCCCCUGCACUCACAGUCUGCCCGUCUCUGUGUAUCCCCCCCCCCCCCCACUGUGACGGGCACGUAGUUUUUGCGACCGCCUGGCCUCUCGCCGAAUGCGAUUGGCUGACGGGCACACCGGUGGAACGGCCGGCGAAUGGGGUUGAGCGGUGAAACUCACCGGUGCUGCUUUCAGGGAUGUUCGGGGCAUGUUCGCCGUGGGUUAGACCCGGGACUAAGCGCUCAACUGCACCAUCGCAAGGUCUUGCACAACAAACACCUAGAUCACACAAAAGACAGGUUUGAAUGUAGAGCAAUUCAGUGUUCGCCACUGGAGAUAAAAUGAGGAAAAAAUAAACGAAACAUUUAAACUACAUUUAAAAAAUCAGUGGAAGGAAUGUAUCUGGCCCGAUGGCCUGAUCCCACUUCACUCAAACGAUGUCCAAUGCUGUACAUAGUGUAUAAAGAGAGUCUACAAAAAUAAAACAAGUUGACGUUUGUUUAUCGUUUUAAACUUUGCUUAUAACUUAAGUCAUUUACUACAAAUGUGUGUUUGAAUGAAUUCCCCCCAAAACAACUAUAGCACUAACACGGGUCUCUGCGUAAUGCUGUUGUUGGGCCUGGUGGAGACUCUUGCAGUCUGUUGGAAUGCCACUAAAAAUAUUCUCACAAUGUUGUAAUGUAAAAAUGAAAAGGAAAAAAAUACUCAAUACUUGAUGAGUACGAAUCUUACUACAUAGGUACAAUUCACCAACAGCAUAUGCAAUAUUUACAUGAAAAAUGACUUAGUUUACAGAAAGGAACCAAAUGUAUAAAUAUUGUAUUUUGCUGAUUUUUCUCUCCUCGCCCCCCAAUCGGUUGGCUCUGAUCGGUGUAUUCUUCCUGAGUAUGCAUCUGUUAUUUCUAAAUAUCAAAGGGUUAAAUAUGAGGCCUGACUGAUCUUGCUGUGUCUUCCAUUGUCUAUACUUCAUAUACUGUUAACUGUGAUCCUAUAUAAAGCUGAUAAUUUAAAACUAGUGUAGUAAAGUAUUGCUUUUUGUCUGUACUGAUUAUGGAUAGCACAUGCAAUAAAAGAUUAUUUAAGAAAA